AUGCCCAGUCGCCAACAAGUAACACGAAUUAUGAGAGCUAGUGAACUAAGACCUGAGCAAGCUUUGUUCCACUCGCAGGACUGCUCGCACCAGCAAUUGAUGAAAAGCACUGUUGCAAGCAUAUCGAUGCUCAGAACUGUAGCACCGACACACAGAACAAACGGCAGUCAGAACAAGCGUACACAAUCAGGAGAUUGGACUUUGAUGACUCCGGGUGACAAGUCAACUAAUACCAUCGCAUCGGGUGAACUGGCACAGACGACCCAGCCGCGGGACAUCGGACGCACCGCAUGUGGUAACUGCGACGCAACCGCAGGAACUCGUCCGCUAGAGCCCAGCCAAGGCGCUCUACCGUUGUCAAGCACGCGGGGUUGGACCCAUAGCACCUACAACUCACCUCGGCAUAGCACGUGA